GGCCUUUGCUCUUCUCAGUUUUUCUUCCCUGUGGAGCGAGCUCUCCGCCUCUCACGCUGUUUUUCCAUGGAGGAGAGCUCGCGCUCUGACUUGCGCCCUGUCCUCGUGUCCUGAAAAAACUCCGGUGUUGCCAUAAAUACAACCACCACCGGUACAGACCGGCCUGCCUACCUGUACCCGCCUUCUCCCUCCGUACCGGCCUCUUCUCUCUUCUGCUGCCUUUCUCGCCUUCGCCUUCGCCUUCAUCUCCCGUUCUCUGCCUCUCCAUCUCCUCCACGUCCUGCCCAGGGCCGAGAGGGCGGAGACCGACGAUGGUGAUGAUGAUGGGGCAGCUGGGGCGGCUGGUGGACGGCAUCAAGUCGAGGCUGCGUGCCGGCGGCGGCGGCGGGAAGAGGGGCGGCGGCUCGGGGAGGAAGGCGUCGGCGGCGGCGGGCUACGACAAGGUGGAGAAGACGGAGAGCAUGCGGGUGGAGAUCCGGAGCCGCCAGGCGCGCAAGCUCAUCGCCAAGAACCUCGACGCCGCCGACUCCAUCGGCCGCGCCGGCCGGGCCAACAAGCGCUUCUUCCUCGCCUUCUGACUUUCUUUCUUUCCGAGGAUCCAUCCAACUUCCAACGACCAAAGAGCUCCGUCGUCCAUCAGCUUGCUACUACUACCUCCCCGGCCACGGCUUCUGCACUCUGUGCUUGCAUACUACGCCAAUUGAUUCUGUACUCUGUAGUACGUUUACGCCUGAGCUGAAGAAGCACUGAUCACCAAUUUGCAUCCAUGUAGCAGUAUUUCCAUUUCUUGUCUCUGACACCUGGUGUCAACAAAAAAUUGUAUCCAUUAUGUUAUCUUAUUUUAUAUGCGAUAAACCGGAAGCAAUCACGAAGUACGAAUAUCCG